AUGGCCAUGCGCUUGAUUCCGGCAGUCUUCGGGAAUCAACCCGAGGAUCCGGUAGAAACCUUCUUCCGCCGCCUACCCUCGCCCAUAGACCACUACAGAGAAUGGCUGAAUCCACAUGCUUCCGAAAAGAACAAACCUACGUGGCAUGAUGGAAUAAUUGCUGCGCAGCUAUUCAUGCUUAGCGCCGAAACGCACGAGUCGAGCGAUCCCGAUUACAGCCGACUUCUCCCACACAUCCGAACUGCCGCGUCGGCCGACGCGCCAACUGACCAGCUGUACGAGCAACUCGGGGCCUUGGCGCUUGAGAAGGACAUUGCUGGUGAUGACCACAGCUACAAGGCUCAGCAUCUCCGUUAUGCCCUGUGGAUGGCGCAGGGUCGGAAGGAUGAGACAUCGCCGUUCCCGAUUCCGAAUGUCCAAUUGCCGGAGCUAGACAACUACAUGAUACCAGCAGGGCCUGACCUGCCGUACUCCCUGGCUACACUGGCUCCCUCCUUUUCGCCGAAAACAUGUGCUCAGUGCGAAAAACAGGGCGAGAUACUCAAAUGUUCCGCCUGCAGGAUGCCAGGGCCGGGAACCGAUACGCUCGCCACGGCGUACUGCAGCCGGACGUGCCAGGCCAACCAUUGGCCGGAACACAAAGCACGAUGCAAGGACCUACAACAGUUCUACCGGGCAGCUGCCAUGUAUCAGCAGAUAUUUGACCACUUCUUGGCCGAAACCUACACCUUGCAGCCGAUAGAGAUGACGGAGCGGAACGGGGUGGCCAUGAUGAAGGAGGAAAGCGGGGAAUCCGAAGUCUAG